GUUUAGAUUACAUAGUUGAGUGUCUAAUACAGCUGGAUGAUGUAGGAGUAGAGCAAGUUCCCAUCGCUUUUCACCUGCAUCUUGAGCGUACUAAAAAAGAUUUCUUCAUUGUUAGGACGUUGCAAGCAAAUGGAGUAGACCAAAUUGCCUUGGAAAGUGGUCCCACAUCACUGUACAAAAGAAAAGCGCCAACUUUCAGUGCCAUUAGGGAUUUUGAAGGCUAUGUUCCAGGAAUUCCACUUGUUGAAGAGAGAAAUGAUGCCUUCCAAAAUUUUGCCACUUGAUCACUUCAAUUAUGAAGAAUCCUUGAGGAAAAUUGUGGAAUGCAAAUUUGUUCUGAAGAAAAUGCCUAUUCCUUUCCGACGUGAGGCCAAGAGAAUCAAGCUGUUUAACAGAAAUCUUGAAGAAAACCAUGAACAGUUUGAAGCUGUUCGUAAUAUCAUCUCAGGAACCUCAAAACCAGCACCGUAUAUUGUGUUUGGCCCUCCAGGUACUGGGAAGACAGUCACUGUUGUUGAGGCAAUAAAACAGAUAUACAAACGUGAACCCAACAGCAGAAUUCUGGUAUCUGCCCCCUCAAAUGCUGCUUGUGACAAUAUAACAAGAAGACUGCUACAGCAUAUAUCUGGAAGGCAUGUGUUCCGGAUGCAUUCACAAUCCAGAGAAAUCUCCUCCAUUCCUCUUGAUGUGAAAUGUGUGUCCAAUGUUAUUGGAAAUGAAGUGUACUACCCCACUGAUGUAAGGCUGUUGGAAUAUCGAGUUGUCAUAUGUACACUUGUUGCAGCUGGAAGAAUUGCAUCGGCAGCAUUGCCUCCAGGGAGUAUAUCACAUGUAUUUCUGGAGGAGUGUGGACAAGCCAUGGAGCCUGAGGCCUUAAUAGCUGUGUGUGGUACAUUAGGUUCGGAUGGCCAGCUGGUACUCUCUGGGGAUCCUCAUCAGCUUGGCCCGGUCAUCAGAAACACACUUUGUUUUUCUGAAGGAUUCCUGUUUAGAGGCAAUGGAUUGGACAAAUCAUACCUGGAAAGACUAAUGGAGUUAGAGAUGUACAAACCAGUGCCAGGGAACAGACGUUUUGUGACAAAACUACUGAAGAACUAUCGAUCCCAUGGAGAUAUUCUCAGGCUGCCCAAUGAAAUGUUCUACCAAUCUGAACUCCAG